GCUCCGCCUCCGCCAGUCGGCUCGGCGGUCUAGUGCGCGGCGUGGAGCGGGAGCCCGGGCCGGACGCGCGGCCGGGGGCCGGGGCUGGGGGCUGGGUAGAUCGGCGCCAGCCACCGGGCAAGCCUGGGCCGCAAUGGCCGAGAUGGGCAGCAAGGGGGUGACGGCGGGGAAGAUCGCCAGCAACGUGCAGAAGAAGCUCACCCGCGCGCAGGAGAAGGUCCUCCAGAAACUGGGGAAGGCGGAUGAGACAAAGGAUGAGCAGUUUGAACAGUGUGUCCAGAAUUUCAACAAGCAGCUGACCGAGGGCACCCGGCUGCAGAAGGAUCUCCGGACCUACCUGGCCUCGGUCAAAGCCAUGCAUGAGGCCUCCAAGAAGCUGAACGAGUGUCUGCAGGAGGUGUACGAGCCUGACUGGCCUGGCAGAGAUGAAGCGAGCAAGAUUGCUGAGAACAAUGACCUGCUGUGGCUGGAUUACCACCAGAAGCUGGUGGACCAGGCGCUGCUGACCAUGGACACGUACCUGGGCCAGUUCCCUGAUAUCAAGUCACGCAUCGCCAAGCGUGGGCGGAAGCUGGUGGACUACGACAGUGCCCGGCACCAUUACGAGUCCCUCCAAACCGCCAAAAAGAAGGAUGAAGCCAAAAUUGCUAAGGCCGAGGAGGAGCUCAUCAAAGCCCAGAAGGUGUUUGAGGAGAUGAAUGUGGAUCUGCAGGAGGAGCUGCCAUCCCUGUGGAACAGCCGUGUGGGUUUCUAUGUCAACACAUUUCAGAGCAUCGCAGGCCUGGAGGAGAACUUCCACAAGGAGAUGAGUAAGCUCAACCAGAACCUCAACGAUGUGCUGGUCAGCCUGGAGAAGGAGCACGGGAGCAACACCUUCGCGAUCAAGGCCCAGCCCAGUGACAACGCCCCUGCGAAAGGGAACAAGAGCCCCUCUCCUCCGCCUGAUGGCUCCCCUGCCGCCACCCCCGAGAUAAGAGUCAACCACGAGCCCGAGCCGGCUGGCGCGGCCACCCCCGGGGCCGCCCUCCCCAGAUCCCCGUCUCAGCUCCGGAAAGGCCCACCAGUCCCUCCGCCUCCCAAACACACCCCGUCCAAGGAGGUCAAGCAGGAGCAGAUCCUCAGCCUGUUUGAGGACGCGUUUGUCCCUGAGAUCAGCGUGACCACCCCCUCCCAGUUUGAGGCCCCGGGGCCUUUCUCGGAGCAGGCCAGUCUGCUGGACCUGGAUUUUGACCCCCUCCCACCUGUGGCAAGCCCUGUGAAGGCGCCCACGCCCUCUGGUCAGUCAAUUCCGUGGGACCUCUGGGAGCCCACAGAGAGUCCAGCUGGCAGCCUGCCUUCCAGGGAGCCCAGCGCUGCCGAGGGCACCUUUGCCGUGGCCUGGCCCAGCCAGACGGCCGAGCCGGGGCCUGCCCAACCAGCAGAGGCCUCGGAGGUGGCGUGUGGGACCCACCCUGCGGCUGGAGCCCAGGAGCCCGGGGAGACAGCAGCAAGUGAAGCAGCCUCCAGCUCUCUCCCCGCGGUGGUGGUGGAGACCUUCUCGGCAACUGUGAACGGCACCGUGGAGGGCGGCAGCGGGGCAGGGCGCCUGGACCUGCCCCCGGGGUUCAUGUUCAAGGUACAGGCCCAGCACGACUACACGGCCACUGACACGGACGAGCUGCAGCUCAAAGCUGGGGACGUGGUGCUGGUGAUCCCUUUCCAGAACCCGGAGGAGCAGGAUGAAGGCUGGCUCAUGGGCGUGAAGGAGAGCGACUGGAAUCUGCACAAGGAGCUGGAGAAGUGCCGGGGCGUCUUCCCCGAGAACUUCACGGCGAGGGUGCAGUGAGAGCAGAGCGGCUGGUGGUGCUGCGGACGCGUGAACAGCAGCACCUUUUCCCGAAAAAUGUGUGUUUCUUUCUUUUUUUCCGUUUUUGUUUUUAAACUUUUGAAAAGCAAAGGGAAAUUGAGGGGAGAGACCUAAGCCAGGAGGUGUCUUCCCAAAGAUGAGGUGGUUUUCCAAAGAGCCUGGUUUCGGCGAGUCCGGCGGAAUCGCCAGCGUUCCUGAAGCUGCUGUAUCCCCUAGUUGAGUUCCCGGCCGCCUCCCCCGCCCGCGCCCGCUGGGUGGCGCCGCUGCCAACGCCUGGGUGCCCGGCCGCGGGGCAGGGCCUGGGGGCCGCCGCGCCCCGCACUUGCCUGAAGCUUGGGCCGGCCGCCCAGGCCGGGGCCCUCCUUUCCUGGCAGCUGCCGCGGGUGGCGUCCAGCGUCCCCCGAGACCUCGGGCCCAGACACCAGCCUGGCCUGGCCCCGCCCCGCAGACGUCUGUGUGCUGUUUGAAAAUAAAUCUUAGUGUUCAAAACAAAAUGAAACAAACAAAAAUGACA